UUGAAAAAAAAUGUAUAAAGCCGAAUUUUCAAUAAAGCUUCUUACAAUUGCUGGAGCCUACAGACCAAUAAAUUGGUCAUCGUUUAUCACGAAGACAUUGUACAAUACAUUUACUGUCUUUGUCGUUAUUCUUUUACAAUCUUAUAACAUUUCAUUGUGCGUAUACCUUGCUAUCAGUUCAUUAAAUGAUAUUGAUGAAUUCGCAGAAUCGUUAUGUUGGUCUCUUGCAGUUUUUAUUGCUAUUGUCAAAAUGAUAAACUUUCUUUUACGACGAGAAGAUAUUAUAAAAUUAAUAAAUAUUUUAAAUAAAGAUUACUUAAAACCUCGUGACAAUAAAGAGAAAAUCAUGCAGGACAAAUGUGAUUAUACAGCUAUGUAAGCUACUAUAUCUCAACCCAGUACUUGAAAUUUAAUUUAAAUUAAUUAAUUCGUUUCAGA